AUGGCCACCCAGAUCUGCACCCCGACCUUCUCUGCUGGGUCUCUCAAGGGCCUUUGUGGCCCAGCAGGCGGCAUCUCUCGGGUGUCCUCCAUCCAUUCUCUGGGCUCCUGCAGGAUCCCAAGUCUUGCUGGGGCUGCAGGGUCUGUCUCUUCUGUUAGGCUGGGCCUUUCAGGUCUUGGAAGCUGCUUGCCUGGCUCCUACUUGUCCACUGGGUGCCACUCCUCUGGCUUUGUUAGGACUGGGGGCUGGUUCUACGAGGGCUCCUUCAAUGGCAAUGAGAAGGAGACAAUGCAAUUCCUGAACGAUCGCCUGGCCAACUACCUGGAGAAGGUGCGCCAGCUUGAGCGGGACAAUGCAGAGCUGGAGUGUCACAUCCGAGAGUGGUGCCAACAGCAGAAGCCCUAUGUGUGCCCCAACUACCAGGAGGUCAAUGCACUCCGCUGUCAACUUGGGGACCGACUGAAUGUGGAGGUAGAUGCCGCUCCACCAGUGGAUCUCAACAAGAUCCUGGAUGACAUGAGAUGCCAGUAUGAGACCCUGGUGGAGAAUAACCGCAGAGAUGUGGAGGCCUGGUUCAACACCCAGACUGAGGAGCUGAACCAGCAGGUGGUGUCCAGCUCAGAGCAGCUGCAGUGCUGCCAGACGGAGAUCAUCGAGCUGAGACGCACGGUCAACGCCCUGGAGAUUGAGCUGCAGGCCCAACAUAGCAUGCGGAAUUCCCUGGAAUCCACCCUGGCUGAGACCGAGGCCCACUACAGCUCCCAGCUGGCCCAGAUGCUGUGCCUGAUCACCAAUGUGGAGGCCCAGCUGGCUGAGAUCCGCUGUGACCUGGAGCAGAAGAACCACGAAUACCAGGUCCUUCUGGAUGUCAAGGCUAGGCUGGAGUCGGAGAUCGCCACCUACCGCCGCCUGCUGGAGGGAGAAGACUGCAAGCUUCCUGCCCACCCUUGUGCCACAGAAUGCAAGCCUGCCAUUAGAGCUCCUUACCUCCCAAGCAAGUCCUGCGCCACGAGCGUGCCCUGCACCCCAGCUCCUCAGUUCAGCACUCAAAUCCGCACCAUCACUGAGGAGAUCUGCGAUGGCAAACUCAUUUCCUCCAGGGAGCAAAUGCAGCCCCGCCCGUUGUAA